GACCGACUCGUCGGCAGCAACCACUAGUACUCACAUUGAGCUUGAUGGGCUUAGCAGCAUAUAUCCUGACUGAUGCAGGCCGGCAAAAGCUCUUCUCGUUCUUGAAGAAACGUGUCUACUAUAUAAGCACAUUCCUCUUUAUUGCUGGCCUUGCAUGGCUUGCAGCUUUACCCUAUGACGAGCUCAAUAUACCUACGCGCAUAUCAGAGAACGCGCUGCUGCCAGGACAAGUUCAAACGCACUUCGGACACUCUGACUACAAGGUCCUUAAUGCUUUCCGUAACGAAAUAAGAGCAUGGCAGCAAGAUCGCUCAGACGAAACACGUCUCGCAGGUAUUGAAGGCAUCUUUCAACGUGCAGGAUUGAAGACUGCUCGUCAAUCGUACAAUGUAUCCUUUGGAGACAAGCAGAUUGCUGGAACCAAUGUGUACGCGCUGCUUGAGGCGCCUCGAGGCGAUGCAACCGAGGCUCUGGUCCUCAACGCUGCCUGGAAGGAUGAACGCGGCAUCGUCAACGAGGGCGGAGUGACAGCCUUGCUGGCGAUGGCGCGCUAUUUCAAGCGCUGGGGCCUCUGGUCCAAAGAUCUUCUCUUCGUCAUUCCGGCAGAGAAAGUUUAUGGCUCGCAAGCUUUCAUCGAUGCAUACCACGAGAACCACGAUGCAAGGCAAGUUGAAACACUCUCAUUGACGUCAGGUGUGAUUCAUGCUGCUGUCGACCUGGCCUGGUACGGUGACUCUAAUCGGUACCGGGAUAUAAACAUCCACUACGAAGGCACUAAUGGCCAAUUGGCCAAUUUAGACCUUGUCAACUCUGCCAUUCACAUUUCAAAGCAUCAAACAGGCAUUGACGCACGCAUUCAACAUGUGCGAGGAAACGAGGAGCUGUAUCAGAGCAAGCUAUUGAGCAUGCUACGUGCUAUGGCUACACAGGCGACAGGUCUGCCAAGCGGUUCGCACUCCCCCUACAUUCCUUACAAGAUUGACACGAUCUCGCUCGAGGUCAACGGUCAACCUGAUGGAUGGCACGAUGAUUCCAGUCUCGGCCGUAUCACCGAGUCCAUCUUUCGAUCGCUCAAUAACAUUCUCGAGCAUCUUCACGCCAGCUUUUUCUUCUACAUGCUCAUCAACACUCACCGUUUUGUGAGCAUUGGCACAUAUCUGCCUUCAGCCAUGCUUAUUGCAAUUGCCUUUACUCUUGCUGGCCUCAGUCUUUAUUUGCGAAGUCACUUGCCGGCGCCGGCAGUCAUCACGUCAGAGAAGACUAUGGAGACUCAUUCUGCACAAGUGCAAAAGGAGCAACGGAUAAUCACAGUACCAUCCAGCAGUUCAGACAUCAGUGGGUUUGAUAAGCUCUACCCUGCCAUAUUGAUUGGCUCGCUGCACAUUUUGGGCAUCAUUUUGUGGAAUGGUAUUCUCCUGGUCCAGCAGACCAUUCGAAAUACAGUUGCAACCAAGAUGUUCCUGGUCUACAUUCUAUCACUUGAACUGAUACUGCCGACACUCGUCGGUAACUUUCGACCGCUCAGUAAAGCUCAAACCACACUGGCCAGUGCACUGUCGCUCCUUGUGCUCGGGUUGUGCUUAGCUGCGCUAGCGACAAUCAAUUUUUCGUUGUCACUAGCCAUGGGCGUGCUCUGUUUCCCAAUCUUGUUCGCCAGACCAAGCGCCUCUCUCCCGGUCCGGUUGGCAGGUCGCGUCAUUUUGCUUCUGACUUCGCCACUGGCAGUCUUUACAGGUGCCUGCUUCCUGAUGGACCUCAAAAUGGAUGAUGUCCUCUCGAUGGUCACUUUCAGCUAUGUGCAUCUGCAUGUUUGGACGCCUCUUGCCAUUUGGGGCGUCUGGUGGCCAGCUUAUAUGCUUGGCAGCUUGGUCAUAUUCAGCUAGAAAGCAUGAUAGAAUUUUACGACGCAAUACGAUUACAUCUUCUA